AUGACUGAAUUCGACAAAAAGACAUUGGCAUACUGGAAAAAAUUCUUGGUUGGCAAAUACUACUUUCCAAAUGAAAGUCGGGGAAAUGUACCAAAAGGUUAUUUACCUUCAGAGGCGGUUUUCGAUUCUGAUUUUCCCGGAGGACGAACAUCCCCUGGUUUCUUUGAUAGCACUAAAAUAAGAGGGACAGAUUGGAUAAUGUAUGUCACGCUGCCUGAUCCAUCCGUGAAAAAUCCUAGAAUGUAA